UAGAUUUAGUGUGACGCUCUUUGUUGUGAUGCUCGGGAAAAAGUGCAACAUCGCAAGGAGUUUCGUUCGUUAAAGUGGGACGAACCUCAAGGAACGUUGGGCGGACUCAUCUGAACGUCACGUUGGAUACUACACUGUGUGUAUAGUGCUCUAAACUGCAGUGCUUAUCGCCGGCGAUAACCUCAGGCGCCAACCGUACGUUUGGCAGCACGACGAAGCUUCGUAACCUACCUCCAGGCGGUUCUUGAAUGACCACCAGGUGGAACGACGGGAGGCGACCGGCAGACUCCGAGGGCCUCACGUGCGUGCGCUAGACCACAGCUGGACACAGAUUAAGACAAGCCCGACGAAGAUGAACUUAUCCUGACCCCCGCCGGGCCCCACUGGAGGGAAAAGAAGAACUUCCUAGCGAGAACGCUGGCGUCAAAAGCCGGAACGGCCAAGCCGCGAUCCGCGGAGAGCGUGCCUCCGCCGCUGCCGAGCGCCUCAGCCGCAGUCGACCCGAUGGCCACGCUGCAGCUGGAGCAGCUGUUCCGCGCGUGCGACACUCGGGGCACGGGAUACCUGGACCGCGAGGAGCUGCGCAAGCUGUGCCACCGGUUCAGCAUCAGCAGCCAGGACGCCGACGCCAUAUUCGAGGACCUGGACCACGACGACGACGGACGGAUAGACUUCCACGACUUCGAGAAGGGCUUCCGGGACUUCCUCACCCAGCUUCCGGGAGGCGACACGCCGCCGGAAUCGGAAACGGCGGACGACGCUGCCGCCGGCGGGUCCUCCGGCGCCAACGCGAGGGCUCCGCGACCCUCGGAACUGCAGAAGGCGUUGCGCAGGGCCUCCACCAUCGAGUAUCGCCGGGACUCGGUGAUCAACGGUGGCGACGAGAAUGCGAAGUUGUGGAACACGCAGCGCGCUUGGGGCAACCUGACCACCGAGCUCGCGAAGUCGGGGAACGUCAUCAAGAAACAUUCGCCGACAACCUACCGACGAGAUUUCUUAUAUAGCGAGGAGACGCUCAACGACUUGUACAAGGAACUUCAGCGUAGCGAGAAGCCGCAGGUCGUGGAGCGUUUCGAGGACGUCAUCGCCGAUCUGCUGGACAACAUGAAGCGGCUUCAGGAGGAGAACAGUCAGUUGGAAAACACAUGGCUCAAGGAGAAGAAGGAGCACGAAGAACACUUACGACGCAUGGAGGAAGAAAUGGACAACCAGGUCAAGCUUGUGGAACUGCAAGCCAAAGCCAAGGUGGAGGAGGAAGUCGAGGCGAAGAGGAGGACGCUUCAGGCCAAGAUGAGCGAGGAGAUGAACGAACUGCAGUCGCACGUCUCGCUCUUCGAAAAGGUCGAGCAGUGGCUGCGGGCGAACGAGACGCACGACCGCAAACUGACCUCGGUGCACUCGAAGCUGGACGAGGCGCUGCAGGAGAACCGGCAGUUGCGGCUAAGCCUCAUGGACACGCAGAACAACGUGGCGCUGACCCGCAGCGAGCUGGCCCAGAUACGAUCUCAGUACGAAGACAAGUGCAAAGCCCUGUACGACGAACGGGAGCGCAUCAUGGGUGUAUUGCAGGAGCAGGGACUCGCCAGCAAGCAGCUUCAGCAUCUUCAAGAAGCCAACAGAAAGUUGCAAGACACCAAUGACAUCUUGCGGAGCGUCUUGGAGAAAGCCGAAGCCGAGAAGACGCAUACUCCUGACUUGGUGAGACAAGAGUCGGUACUUUCUGACUACUUUGGCGACGCUGCCUUCAUGCCACCUAUGAGAAACCGAAGGCCUCUCGGCGACCGGAGGCCCCUCUUCGACCCCGAAGAAGAGGAGCGCGCCUCGGCCAUCUGGUCGACGAGGGCCCCCUCCGUGGACCAGCACCCCGUGCUGGACCGCAUCGAGAGCGAAGACGAGCCCCACGUGGUCGACCACAACCACCACGGCGAUCAAGAGGAGCUGCACUCGCUGGAGCGCCAGCACCCGAAGCCGCAGCCGAAGGAGAGCGGAGACGAAGCGGCCGCCAUGAUGGCGGCGGCAGGCCACUUGCAGCCGCCAGCUGCCGCAACGGCGACCGCGCUCGCCGAGGAAGCAGACAGCGGCCUAUCGACCCUGCGUUCCGCAGCCGCCCUGGACUCGGCCGAAGAAGGCCGCCAGACUGACUACAGCACUCCCCUCCCGUCGCUGUCUUCCGAGACCGUAUCGCUUCGCAACCGGUCCUUGUCAUCGGCGACGCCGUCGCUGCACGACCACGAAGACAGCCUGGACUCCAAUCCUGCAGCUGGCCUGGCCACGGCGUCUACGACCACGACGUGCGGAAGCGGCCACAGCAACGGGUCGGUGCUCACGUCUAGGCCUCCGCUGCCCGUGAGGAGCACGAGCAAGGCUAGCGACCGCAGCGUGCAGUCGUUGCCGCCGUCGUUCGGCGAGUCCGCGUCCAAGGCGUCGUCGUCGUCUUCGGGAAACGGCAUGGAAACCAGCGCGCCUGGUGCCUGCGCGUCCAUAAGCAGCGAGAGCGGCAUCGGAAGCCGGAACACGUGGUGCAGCAUGGAGAGUAUUGAUGACUCGCCGAAGCCGAUGACCCGGGGAAAUCUAUCCUCUAGGAGGAUUAGUGAAAUCAAACGGCAACUAGGUGUCGACCCAAGUACCGCGAAGUACCACCGUCGAGCUCCCAGCCCGUCCGGUUCGUGCCAAAGCGUCAACAUCGCUCCUUCGCCGAGCGCUCUCAAGACGAGGCGGCAGAGGUCGCUGUCUCCCCAGAGGUCGGGAGUCCCUCCCGUGCCGCUUCCGAGGUCCAGGGUCACCUCCCCGGAGCCCAAGCCCGUGCCGCGGCGCCACCUGUCGAGACAGGAAACGCCGGUGAAGUCGACCGACGAGCCCGACCAGGACAAGCCGCUCGACGACGGCUUCGUCGAAGACCGAAGGAGGAGCUCGGUGGCGCAGAUGAAGGUCUCAGACCAGGAGACUCGGUGUAGCCGCAGGAUCUCUUCCGGCUCCACGUGCUCCGCCGAUAGGUCCAUCGGCAGCUUCACCGACUGCACGGGCCCGCCGGAGCACACGUUCAGGGUGGUGUUCGUGGGCGACGCGGCCGUGGGCAAGUCUUCGUUCAUCAUGAGACUGAGCAGGGGCAUCUUCAUGCCGCAGCUCACCUCCACGCUUGGGGUCGACUUCCAGACGAAAAACAUCUGCAUCGACAACAAGAACGUUAGUCUGCAGCUGUGGGACACAGCCGGCCAGGAAAGGUUCCGGUGCAUAACGCAGUCAUAUUUCCGCAAGGCUGACGGCGUCAUGCUCAUGUACGACUGCACGAACGAACAGUCGUUUCUCAACGUGAGGCAAUGGAUGUCCGACCUUGAGGAGGUGGCGUCCCGCGGCAUCCCCAUCAUGUUGGUUUCCAACAAGACCGACCUGCGGGACAUCUUCAAAAUGCAGAGCAAAUCCGUCGUGGAGAGAGAAAAUGGGGAAAAGAUCGCGCAAGAAAUGAAAGCUAUCUUUGUGGAGACAAGUGCCAAAGACGGGUCAAAUAUUAAUGAGGCUGUUGGCGCAUUGACGAGGAGCAUGAUCAAGCACGCCGUACCCCACGAGAAAGACAGCCUCACUCUCAACGACAAACAAGGCAAGAGCUUCGCCGCAAAGUGCUGCAACAAGUAAAAGGGGAACGUCUGCACGGAUGUUCACAGUCUACAAACUACAAAGCUGUUCCAUGAACAUCAACACUCUUUUCCUCUUCUGUGCUCGAACAUCAACCUUGCAACGGAUUCAGUUUUUGUCCAGAGUGAGCUCAGGAGUUGUGACGAAUAAGAGGGAAUUGUUCUUUCAAAGAACGUACACCUCGGACAAAUGCAUGUUGUGUAAAUCGCAAACUCAUGAUGAGUUAUACCAAAAGCAGAAAGGUUUUUCUACCUUUUCCUAAACCGAUUGCUGUUGCUAUAUGUAAGGUAUGAAAUUACGCUGCUAAACUAUUUCCGUUUCCUGGUAACAAAGCAGUGGUGGACCUGUGCCUUUCAGCAGUGAUAAUUUUCGACGACAUGUCCUAUUUUUGAAUAUUUGGAGAACGUUUUCGGAUCAACUGAGAUCGGGGUCAGACCUGUGGUGUUUACACCGGUUUUGGGGACAACGAGCUCCAGUGAUGCGUUGACACCAGCCCGUUCGCUAGACAUCCUUUGCGAAUUUUCGGAGUUGAAGAAGAAUACAAUUUUAUAGUCCUCAGCAUGCAAAAAAAAACAGUGACGACAAGUGACGCUUGUUAAUGUCACUGGUGAAAUGAUUCGUGAAAGUGAGUAAUGGCUGGUGUUCUUGUCACAGAAAUCCUGCUAGCCCUUCGAUGGCCACUAUCUGGGCUUUCUUUGUUUUAUUUUUACGCAAGAAAAUUGCGCAUUGCAUGCCGUUAUGCAGCUAGUCUGAAGCUUGUGUGCAUGUAUUAUGUUCAAGUUAAGCCUUCAUAGCGCACAGUGACAAUGCACUGUUUGUUGCCAUCUGUUUAGUCAUGUGUGUUCUGGUCUCUAGCUUGUCCAUUUGGCACUUUGCAUGUAGUGCUUCUAAGCCGAGACUUCUCGGCCAGGGGUCUGUUUUAUUUUUUGUUCUCUUUUCUGUCUAGUCAAUCUUAGCAUAUAAUAAUUUACGCAAUAAUGUUUUGUCGUUGGAGCAGAAAGUAAUGCGAACAGGGGAACCUCAGUUUGCCAGGCAUGUUGGAAGGUCCAGCAACUCCGCUCCAUCGCUAUAAGAAUGAGUUAGGGCAACGUUUGAUCUGGUAAUUUGUCAGUAUAUACAGCUUCCUCAUUUUCAUCAUCCUGCUUGCUAAGUAAUAAUGUGGCUAAGCAAUCUAAUUUAAAUUCAAGAGCUAUGUCCACCUGCUGCUGAUAUUCAGCAUAACUGCCCGAGGGCGCCUGAUCAAAUUCCGGCCGCGGGGGCCGCAUUUCGAUGGGGGGCGAAAUGCAAAAAUGCCCAUGUACCAUGCAUUGGGUGCACGGUAAAGAACCCCAGGUAGUCAAAAUUAAUCCUGGGUCUGCCACUACGGCGUGCCUCAUAAUCAUAUCUUGUUUCUGGCACGUAAAAAAAUAACAAUACUGGUUACAUGCCAUAUAGUUUGUUUCAGAAACCAUCGAAUGUGUGACCUAGCUACAACGUGUUAAAGCAGCAAAACAAUUUCAUAAAUUCAAUUCGACACUCGAAAUUGGCCACUUAAGGAUGACAGAGCUAAAAGCGGAAGAGCUUAAAAACGAACAAGCUAGAAAUUAUUAAAACAAAACAUGAAAGUCUGGAGCAUGUUUGGGCGUUUACACGUUGUGCUCCUUUAUCGUCGCAGCGUCACGGCGAUCGUUCCAAGCAGUCAUAUUGAUGUCUGCCCGACUGAAAUGUAUUUCGUAUUUCUUCCUGAAGUUCUUUAGGCCCAACUUGCCGAAAAAUGGCUUUGAGUGUGAGGUAUAGUCCCUUGUAAUGAGAAAGGGAACACAGGAGUACCAUUUAAACCGACACAAGAACCCUUAGGCUAAGUUCUAAGCUCCAAUAUGACAAAGUAUUGCCAACCCAGAAGCUUUGCUCUUAAUGCGUGAUCAGCUGGCAAGAGCACCUGCUUACCGGCUCCCCUACUGUAGCUGAAUAGCUAAGUUGGUUGCCCUAAUCGAGACGCCAAAGCAGGAAACACGUGGCAUGACAUUACGUCCGAUAUGACGUAUGAUGAAUCUGAAAGAUGGCUGCUUCUACUGUUGGUAUCUGUUGUAACAUUUGGGACCUCUAUUGAAACUUGUUAGAGCUGUUGUUUGGUGGAGUCUGAAAGUGCCCCUGCCCUUAGAGUUCAUUGGUAUAUGAAGGGACUUGGUGCGAAUGCUUGCACGCUAUUGCUGGUACGACUGUUUCAGUUCGGAAAAUAUAUGCUUCUAUUGCUAUAUUCUGUUGGUACCUGACGGAACCAUAUGGGCACUUCGAAAGACGCGAUUGUCUAUGUUGGAAUGUUAGUCUGAAAGAUGGCUGUAUCUACUGGUGGAACCUGUAUAUGGUUAUGGAAACGUCAGAUGCGGUUGCUUGUAGGACUAGCCGUACUAUGGAUAGCACGCUUAGUCCUACCAUGUGUCUUUGGGUUUACGAUGUCGGCAGCACGUCUUAGUUUGAAUAUUCAGUGUCCUGGAGUGCUUUCAUGGUUGACCAUAUAUGUAGUCAUCGGACCCUUUCAAUGCAAGCCAACUGUUCUCUGAAACACUACACGACGACGUGCUAACACAUUUGGGCUAGUUGAUUUUCUUAAAGCCGCCGCGUCCCUACGUUUCUGUUGAUGCAUCAGCCAACUUGCACUGUAAUGAGAGCGGAAGCCUUGUGCUGUUCCCUUCCUAUGCAUUCUUGCUUUCGACAAGCGCUUAUUGCACGGUGCAUAAUCUCCUGUACAGCCUCUCUUGAUCUUUAAAUUAUUUCCCUUCCCUCGUGUUGAACGUUUGUGCCACUCGUGUCCCACUGUUUGGCGCAUGCGUUAACCGAGCGCCAACGCCAGAGGCUGUGCAAAAGUUUCGGAAAGGGUAACGACAAGGAGGGACCAUAUGUGAUUCUACUUUCCUAAAUACUCGUUUGUGGACGUUGUUGGUUUAUUUCGCUGUUGUGUGUUGUUCUCGAUAAUUUGUUCACUGUGUAUAUUCAAGCUAUAGUUCACCAUGUUGCCUCUUGGAAAAGCUUAACCGCGUGGUUAGAAAACCGCGUGCUUUUCUUGCGAUCAGCGCUGUACAGUUCAAAAAUGCUUUCGCCUGAAAACUCGCGCCUUCAUUAAAAUAAUAAAAUAAAGUACAGGCUACUGUCUCCAAA